UCGGUGUAAAAAUAUAUGUCAUACUCCUUUCUAAUAAUUUUCUUAUUCAUUUAAUCAACUAAAUGCGAUUUUUAAAUGCUCAGCUAGUCUUUCAGGAGCACUUGAAUUUUUAAAGAAUAAUAAUAAAAAAAUAAACAAGAUGAACAACAAAUUUAUCAUUGAUUCCACAUUCCAAUUGAACCAAAGACCGUUUUCAUGCACAAGUCACUGCAGUUGCAAUGUGAACGACAGUUCAGGAUACGAAAAUAAGCGGACGGACCCGACCGAUGCAUGUAUCAGUGGAGGGGACGGUGUCGUGACUUCAUGAAAGUGAGGGGGGGUAGGUAGCAUAUGUAGUCAGUGGCGUACGGUACAAGGUGGACGAUCUUGUUCUUUCGCUCUGCUCUAAGCCAUCUACACUAAACAAUAAUCACCUUUCCGGUAAUCGUGAAUGGAGAAAAGAGUAAAUUUGGUGGAAGUGAGAGACGGAAUCAAUUGUUCGUGUUGUGAGAAGACGCUUGUGGCGUUCAUUUGGCAACGCCAUUAAAUUUUUUAGACCGCCAUUUUGAUUGUUUUCGUGGUCCCACGAACAAGUGUACGUGUACAGGAUAUUCACCUACACGUAAUUUACAGCGUUUCACACAAUGAGUGAUCAAGGCACAAAUAAUUAUCCCUAUCGUCUCGUCGAAAUUGUGGGAGAACGCACUGACGAUGGAAAGAAGGUCAUUGAAGUCGUACUUGAUGGGUGGAUCCAGAAAAAAAUUGACGUAACGUUAAAGGAUUUCUGCUACUAUCCUCCUAAGAAAGAUUGGAUCAAAGUUUCAAAAUGGUUCAAAGAAGAACGCCCCUUCAACGCUUCGUGGGAAAUUUAUGAGAUUGAAAUUUUGGGCAAAGCAGCAACAAUCGAAAAAGCCCAGAAAAAACUCGAGAAACUCUAUAAGACUCGCUCAGGCCUAGAAACUGAUUCUGAGUUAGAGAGUGUCGACUCAGAACUCAGCAUUACGAAGAAACGAGCUUCAAGUGUGCUGAAGACUUCUCAUUCUCUCGAGAAUAUUGACGAAGAGCCAAUUGUUCUUCCCCCAAAGCGAUCUUGCAACACUGUUGAUCCCCAGAGUGAUGGAAUUCUGGCUCCAAUACCCAGUACCUCAAGAGAUGCAAACUCGAUGGGACCAGUGAAAGUCACGAAAAAUGCCUCAGAUAGGGUACAUCCUAGAGUUCAGUUCUAGGACCAUCUACUAAAGAUACGAGAAAAGAACGAAGACGAUCCUGUUAAAAUGUUUUUUGCUGACUACUUGGAUACAUCUCUAGCCCUUUUGUCUUAUGAUUAUAAAUCGGAGUUACACAACCUCAGGAGAUGCCAUCAAUUGGAUAUGACUAAUCAUACAAAAGAAUUGAAGCAAUCCAUGAAAACUCCCACGUUGCCUCUUGGAGAGAAAUUUGUUUUGGCACAAGAUAAAUUAGGGAUGAAAAUUCCAGUCGAUACGCUAGAGGAUUUUGAGAAAUGGGAAAACAUGUUGGAUUUGAAAGAUGCUGAGAAUGUGGAGGAAGUCACUAAACGUCGAGCUGCCUUGAUGGAGUUUAUGGCUAAUGAGACUUCGGAGUCAAAUGACUUUGUGGCAGACACCAAAAAAAUUCUCUUCCACUUCAUCAAAAAGCCUGUACAACUCCUCUACAGUGGUGCUGGUCGUGCAACACGAGGAGUUGCGAAGAAGAAUUUCAGCAGAACGAUGAGUUACGAGUGCAUGAGAGACUUUCUCAAAGCCAAGUACAAGAAAUCAGAGAAAGAAAUGAAAAUAUUGACAACAACCAGUGACUGGUUAUCAGCUGCAUCUGAUCGAGAUGGAGGGGCUGCUGAGAGAAAAAGAGCCCGACACUCAGCUUAAUAUUCAUUCAAGGGAGCAUCUCCAGUAUUCUUACCUCAUCAUAUUAUUUCAUUAUUUAUAACUAUUGUAACGAAAUAUUCUGUAUUGU